AUGAACCGGCUACUGGGCAGCGCUCUGCUCAAAUAUUCCACCCGUAAUGCGACGAGCAAGGUGCAAUGGCGCUCGAUAGUGACUACCUGUGGCCGUUUGAGGUCUUCCGAACAGGACGCGUCGGUGCAACAUUAUGACAUAAUCAUCGUCGGAGGCGGCAUGGUCGGCACGGCGUUGGCCUGCGCCCUGGGUAAAAACACUCGCCUGCAGGAUAAAAACGUGCUGCUGCUCGAGGCGGCGGCUGGUUUCAAGAAGCCAAACAUUGAGCAAUUCAGCAACCGCGUAUCGGCCAUUAACAAGGGCACGUAUCACUUGAUGCAAACGAUAGGCGCCUGGAGCGAGAUUGAACGCACCCGUGUUAAGCCGGUCCUGAAAAUGCAGGUUUGGGACGCCUGCUCGGAUGCGGUGAUCUCGUUUAACUACGAUGACCUGUCGGAGAACAUCUCGUGGAUAGUCGAGAAUGAUGUGCUGCUCGCGAGCAUCUACAACCAACUCGAAACCGUCCCAAACGUGCAGAUUCGCUACUCCUCGAAGCUUGCCAGCUGUGAGCUGAUGCGCGAUGGUGCCGAUAAAAGCACCGUUCGGCUUGCGAGCGGUGAAACGCUGAAAUGCGACCUGCUGGUAAGUUACGAUAAGAGAAAUUCACGUGGGUUGCGCUUGGGCACACCCUAG